AUGGCGACCCCAAUCAGUACGAUCCCAAAGUCAGUGGCGAAGAUCAGAGAUGCUCUUCGAGCGACGUUCCGUAGUGGAAUAACCCGUCCCAUUGCGUGGCGUCAGCAUCAACUAUACCAGCUUGCACGGAUGGCGCAGAAUGAACGGGAGCUCAUUUGUGAUGCCCUAAAGAAGGACCUCGGAAAGCCAAAAACAGAGGUCCUCAUGGCUGAAGUAGGCUGCAUCAUCGAAAGAAGUGUGAAGAGUGCAGAGCAGCUCCCAGAGUGGGCCAAGACUGAAUACCCCGACGUGGCUGAUUGGCAGAAGCCAUGGAAGCCAACGAUCUACAAGGCCCCGAGGGGCACUGCGUUGAUAAUCUCACCAUGGAACUACCCUAUGGUCCUCACUUUCCAACCUCUCAUUGGAGCAAUCGCAGCAGGCUGCACUGCCGUACUAAAGCCCUCUGAGCUUGUCCCCUCCUUCUCACAACUCUUGGAGGAAAUUGUGCCAAAGUACCUCGACCCAAAUAUGUACCGUGUUGUCAAUGGUGCUGUGCCUGAAACUUCAAAGCUCCUUGAGCUCCAAUGGGACCACAUUUUCUACACGGGGAAUGGCAGGGUUGCUAGGAUCAUCGCCAGUGCUGCGGCUAAGCACCUCACGCCACUGACCCUGGAAUUAGGUGGAAAGAGUCCUGUUAUCAUUGACUCAGCAUACGACAUCGAUCUUGCGGCAAAGCGGAUCUUAUGGGGCAAGUGCAACAAUGCAGGGCAGAUCUGCGUGGCACCUGACUAUGUCCUCGUACAGCGGGACAAGCAGGACGAGCUAGUCAAGGCAUUCCGGAAGCACUAUAACGCAUUUUUCCCCAAGGGUGCGCUGGAUUCGCCAUCGUUUGGAAGUAUCGUGUCAGAUGUGCAUCAUAAACGCCUUACCUCACUUCUUUCCCGCACAAAGGGUGAAGUCGUUCUUCAGGGUCGCGCUGACGUCACGAGGAGGAGACUUGAGCCCACUAUUGUCAAGGAUGUUGCGGACGGCGACUCCUUGCUAGAAGAAGAACUCUUUGGUCCGAUACUACCUAUCGUGCCUGUGGAUUCUCUCAAUGAGGCGAUCGACUUCGUUAAUGCGCGAUCUCAUCCGCUAGUUCUGUACGCUUUUAGUGACAAGGAGAGCGUGAAGCAACAGCUUGUCUCGGAAACGCAGAGCGGUGGUAUUGCUUUCAAUGACACCUUCCAACACCUCGCCGUGAAUGAACUACCAUUUGCGGGAGUUGGCGAGUCAGGCUAUGGCAACCAAGUUAUGAAAUAUACGUACGAUACGUUCACGCAGCUUCGUAGUUCUAUUGACAUGCCGAAGGAGGCUGAGCCAUACUUGGGAAUUCGGUAUCCGCCUCACUCGGAGGAGGCAGUGAAAGCGCUAACCGCUACGGUGUAUAUGACCAUUCCGCCAAGCCGCCUGUGA